UGAGUCAUGACUUUAAAACUUGAUAACACCAAGUGUAUACGUGUUUCCGCCGAGCUGACAUACAUGCGCAUUAAAAUAAAAACCUGUAUCGAGUUUAUGCUUAAAUUUGUGAAACUUAAAUCUAAAAGUCGUAGGAUUUUUGCGAAUAACAUGACCAUGUGAAUUAUUUGCAGGAUUUUAAGGCACCAUAACUGUUUGAUCAAUGUAAGACCUUGAUUUAAGUAGAAGUUUCUAGUAGAUGUACCAGAACUUCGACGAUUUGGUGCGCAAAAAAAUGACGAUCCACAUGUGAAGACAAUUUUAAACAACAUAAUGAAUUCCAUUCAUAUUCGCUGACUGUAUGAAAUGAUUCCAAAGCGUCCCUUUCUCGCCCAAUUCAAAAAGAGUGAAAGAAUAAUCACAACGCAACCACCAUGUGCGGAUUUACUGCCAGGAAGAUAAAUGUGUGAAUAUAAGUCGCAAAGCUAUGUUCAGUAAAACGAUUCAACAGUCAUGAAGUAUUGUGGAGUAUGUAUCAACUAAUAUCUUGUCCAUGAAAAAGUUGUUUUCAAAAUCAAUGAGAAGCGGAUUAUUUUGUGCGCUAAAUGGAUAUGUUUCAUAAGGAACCAUAUUCGUGUCAACAAUGUCGGACGUUUAUAUGCACUUGAAAAGUAGACGUUUCCACUUGAUGUCCCAGAUUUUCGUCGAUAUUAUCCUCACGAAAAGAAAAUCUACAUGUGGGAGCAUUGUUAACCAAAUAAAAUCAAAUAAUAUUACUUUUUGCGAUGUUUAAAUCACAUCGAACUUCCUAGCAUGCGUUUUUUAGCACAAGAAAAAACAAACUUAACCAACGGAUUUCAAUCCCGUUGGACAAUUGUGUGCUUAAAUAACAUGCAAUAUAAAGUGCAUUAGACAUGCCGAAGAAUCCAACAGUGAGUGAAUAUAUAGAGUGCCAAUUAGCUGAAGAAGUUUUAAUGGAAUAUGUGUAUUUGAAAUGGUGCAAUGAGGCUCGCAUUUUGUGCACGCAUAUGGAUAUGUUUCAUAUGGGUUGUGACUGGGGGCCUCGUUUUGAGGGUGUUUUGCAGACCAGUGGUUGUUGGCUGGGGGUUUUCAAGAGAAACUGAUGACUGCCUCCUUAAGUUUAGGAAACUAAAGACAAUGGCUCUGUCGAAGUUGUCAUCAAGCGAGCAAAUUAAUUGCGUAGCACUGACCUGGGCAGCAAAACAACAGAUUCGAAAAAUAUAUGCAUCGUGUUGCCGGGCACAAAGUUUGGUUGACAGGUUUUGCGACGCCUGUUACGACGUUUACAUACAAAUGAACGAGAUACCGGUGAGGAGUCAUUUGUACGAGCGUUGCAGGGACAUUUUUGAACGAUUCUUCAACAAUCUCCCUUCGGUCGAAUUUCAACAGGCUAUACGGUUUAUCGAAGACAUACGACACCGUCUUGCAGACAAUGAUAGGUGUCAACUUAUUCAGUUCUUUGAAAAGUGGUAUGAGCACUUCGGUAAACCAGACCUUUCAAGGCAGAUGUUCAAUGGAAUGUUCAAGUCCAACUUUUUCGACCUGGGAAUAGUUUCACUUCGAGUAAGACGUGAAACCCGAAGACGGGGAUGCCAACCAAUUCCACCAAGGCCUACACUUCCUACUUUUGCACUCGAUAGAGGGGUCAACCAUGGGGAAGGAUUUUUAUACAUUAUCUAUAGAGAUAUCAGUAAUAGCAAAUAUGUACUAGUGUAUGAACCUAUGUAUCAUGACUGGUCCAAGGUAUUUAAAAUUACAAUAUAUGAAACAAAUGCAAAUAUAAUUUAUCGCAACAAGGGGUGUGCACUCAGAGAAUGUAAAUAUAUGUGCACUGCUCGAAGCUUUUAUGUUGGAAACGCUACAUAUGUUUUCCUAAAAAUUUGUCAAUUGUAGUUUUUACAACAAAGAUGUUCGUAAUAAGGCAAAUUUAUAAUUAUAAAAUAAAAUUACUAUUUACCAAUACCUACUUAUUAGAACAUGCUUUUUUAAUGGACACAUCUUUGUUAUCCAUUAAAAAAUAAUUUAAGGGCAAAUUCAGGUGUUAUUGAGAGAGAACUAUUGGCAUACGUUCAAUGGUUAGCAAAAGAAGCAUCUUAUGCAAUACCUAACAUAUAUUUUACAUUUUAAAGACAUGUAAUUCUACAAAUUGUUAGAAUUGUAUGUUGUUUUUAUCCGUUAUUUACACUUAUUUUAUGCCCCCAGAUCAAGGAUCGGGGGUAUAUUUUUUUGCCUGUCUGUCUUUCUGUCAUUGUAUGUGUGUGCAUGUCUGUCCAAAACUUUAAGGUUGGUCAUACCUUUUGCAAUAUUAAAGAUAGCUACUUGAUAUUUGGCAUGCAUGUGUAUCUCAUGGAGCUGCACAUUUUGAGAGGUUGAAUGUCAAGGUCAUCCUUCCAGGUCAAAGGUCAAGAUCAAAGGACAAAUUUUGCAAUACUGAAAUUAGCAACUUGAUAUUUGGCAUGCAUGUGUAUCUAAUGGAGCUGCACAUUUUGAUUGCUGAAAGGUCGAUUGCAUCCUUCAAGGUCAAAGGUCAAAUAUAUGACUUCAAAGCGCAGUAGGGGGCAUUGUGUUUCAAAAACACAGCUUUUGUUUUUACAACAGAAUUUGUUCAGUUCUUCAUUACGAAGCAUAUUUAUCUCAUGUUUCUCUCAAAAACGAGAAUUGCAAAAACUCUCUGAAACCACAAUCCUACAAUAUUACAAUUAUGACUUAAUAUCAAGCACAUGUUACUAAAACCGCCAACAUCCCAAUGGUCAUUAUAUAAGUUUUUCAAGGAUUGGGCUAUAUUCAUCCUAUUAUGAAAGCAAAUGUCAAUCUACCAAUAACGAUGCACGUCAGUAUAGAUUGAUUUAAAGCAAAAUGGCUUUAUAUUAUAUUUCGUCUCUUAAAAUACUUGACCUUAAGUUACAUAUUUCGUGCUUUACAUGCUACUGUGGUCCUGUACACAAUUUAUUAAAAACAUGUAUUUACGGUUAAAACUGGCCUCGCGACAGUUAUCAUGUUGUUUAUUAUUUUCAUCGCAGAUAUCAGGAAAUUCAGAUAUGUUUUAUUGUAUAUAAAGCCAAGCAUGUUGUUUUAUAACGUGUUUUCAAAUGAUUUCAUUGAUUUGAAGGCUGCCAAACACAAUCUGGUAAUAUGGUUAAUAUGUACAUAUACAACACUUUUUUAAUGUUUGCAUAAUUUUGAUUUCUGUACUUCUAAGAAAUUUUGAACACGUUUUUCAAACUAAAAAAUGAUCUUCAAAUACAUUUGCAUGUAGAAAGUGGUCGAUGGCCCAAAUCUUUUCCCGAGGCAAAAUAAAGUGUAUCAGUAAUACAUAAAAAGAUAAAUUUCAGUUUGUUUAAGAGUGAAGGAUGUAGUUAGAAUUAAGAUGUUAGUAUAUACAGUUUUAUUACGGACACAGAUGUAACAUGCACACUUGUAUCAAAUUACCUUUAACAAACUAUGUGUUACAUAUAUAAAUAAUAUAUCCUAAGGGAUAGUAAAACUGUUGCCGUAUUGAUUUAGGUAUAAGAUAAACUCUCUUUAUAACUUAACUGUAAAAUUUGCAUUUAAAUGUCAUUAUAUACAUUGUCAUUGUUAUCUUUCCCAUGCAGGCUAUAUGACAAUCAUAUUUUCCGUUUAAUAAAUGUUUUGAUAAUUUGAAUCACAGCUAUUGUGUCAGAUUUACUCACCGAAGUUAUAACUGCUCUAUGCUUAAAUAGCAUUUUACAUAUGCUUUUGACCAUCGAUAGUUUUACGUUCAUAUGUAGUCUGUAUAGGACUUAAAGAAUUCUUGUAAAUCAAUAUCAAACGUUGUUAUCGCAAUGCAUUUUGUAUUGUGUAUUUGAUUGUUUACAUACGCCAUGUCAGAAUAUCCGUUUUAAUUAAACAUGUACUGUGACCAAAGUAUCAUGACUGCCAACAUAAUUUUUUUCGUACAGGUAGAAAACAAUGGCUUAAUGGUAUUCAUUUGUAUUUCAACAUGCGUGAGCUAUAAGUGAAAUAUAUGCAACAAGUACAGCUAACUAUAAGACCGUUAAAUAUAAAAAAACGCAUUAUUUUGCUAUCAAGUUUAAUUAAAUGACGUUCAUGCAUGUAUAAAUUGUUAUGUAUACCAAUAUCAUAAGCAUGUGUCUCGAUAAAAUCAAUUGUGUUACUUUGGGGUAGUACAAAGUAUUGUCAUAAUGUUAUAUUUUUUAUCUGUAGAAGUUUUACUACAUGUUAUACCUUCUUAUAUUAAUUUCAAUUGAUCGUAAGUAUACACAUUUAUAUACAGAUAUAAUUUUGAUAGUUAUUUGUCAAAUAAUGUCUUCGUUAAAUGUAUGAUAUAUGAAGUAUAAUGAUCCAAUAUUUACUAUUACAGAUAUGUCUUGUUGUAAUGCAACGUAUUAUAACGUUCGAUAAUCAUCAAAUAUUUACUGUGUAAACACUGUGCGCUUACUUUGAUUACGUUUGGCGUUUGGCCUCCUUAACGUCUUUUUUACUCAAUUUAACAAAGAUACAAUAAGAAAAACGACAAUCUUUUUGUCUUAGACACCAAUGCAAUCAGCAUUAAUACUUAGUAUUAACAUCUUAUAGUGGUUCACAACAUUUUUUUUUCAAAUCAGGUCAAGUGGUUUUAUACGUGUUAAUAUUUAUUUUAUUUUUUUAGCAAACUAACUUUCGUUUUCUAGUUUGUGUACAGAUACCCGUGCGAUUAGCGAUUGUUUUUAAUUCUAAAAAAAUACCAUCGGCGUUUGUUCAUAAAUAAUAUCAUCACGCAUGGUAGCGUGAGAUACAAAAUGUCAACAUACUUUUAACUAAAAUCGAUAUAUUAAUUUCUUGAAUAAUGUUAUAAUUUGACGCGUAAUUUCAAAUCUAGUAUAUCAGACCGAGCAUAUUACGUUACCUAUAAAUUAAGGCCGACAAAAUAUAAUACCAAACAAGCACCAAAUGUAACAACAUUUUUUCCACAAUGUAUACUUGUGUAAAUACUGUACAUAUUAUAAAUACUAUAAAUUCUGUAAGUAUGCGAGAUGCGUAUGUGGCGAUAUGUUUUUAGUUGUACGAUUUGGACAUUUAAUGAUUCCUUUAUCGAAUAUCUAAGUAUACAUGUGUGAUACAUUUUGUACUUUUUUGUUUGCAUAUUUACUUUAUCUUUUUUCAGAGACAAAUGUAGCAUUGAACAAACUUUAGUACUUUUAGCGAUUGAUGUUUUGUUUCGCAAAAAUAACGAACGGCGUGUUUUCAUAAAUAAUAUUGUCACGUAUGGUAAUACAAACUGCCAAAAAAAAAUUAACAAUAAGGCAUAUAUUCAUUUCUUGAAUAAUGUUAUGUUCUUGUGUAAUCGUUUCAAAUGUAGUACAUCAUACCUAUAAUUGUACGUUAUCUAUAAGAGUCGACAAUAUACACUAGAAAACACGCAACAAAUAAAAUAACAGUUUCUCCAUAUAUUUGGAGAUACUAUAAAUCUUGUACAUAUUGUAAAUAUUGUAAAUAUGAAGUAUGCGAAGUUCGUUUGUCGUGAUAUUUGUUUAGUUUUACGAGCUGACAUGUUAAUAUCUUUUUAUCGCAUAUCUAGGUGUACAUUUGUGUUACAUUUUGAUCGUUUUUGUUUUUCAUAUAUACCCUUUUUUCUUAAGAGACAAAGUAGUGAUUGACCAAAAUUUAAGAGUUUAAUGAAAAAAUACUUUCGGUCAAAAAGUUGAUUACAAUAAUUAAUUAAAUAAAAUGAUUAAUUUAUAAUUCUAUUGUAUAAUGCUUUAGUGUAACACCUUUAUUAUUUGUUUCUGAAACAAAUUUACAACAGUAAAGAUAAAGAUUUUAAGUGUUAAGUAUACAAUGAUUACAUUGUUAAAUUGUUAAACGGUGUAUGCGACGAUUUGUACAAAUAUAAUGCCUUUGUGUGUAUAUACAUUUUGUUGAGUGUUUAUUAUAUAUCAUAAUUGACAUGAAAAUAGAACUGAUUCACCCAUAUGAUGUUCAAAGAUUUCAACUUAAUUUAAUACUCUUUAAACAAAACAAAAUUCUCAAAAUUUCGACAUUGCGGGUUUUUGUUGAUGUAAUUGUAAAUUGAAACACCGAAAUAUUUACUAUGAAUGUUUGUGGUGUGGAAAUUAUUUUUCGAAACAUAGAGUAUAAUAAAUACUCAAACACCUUCAUACUUCUUCUAUUGAAACAUUUUUAGUAUUAUUAUCGUGACGUUUUUAAUUGUACAGCUUUGCAAACUUUUUAGAGUAUAUAUUGUCAAUAUAAUACGCUGUGAGUUUUGUUUGAAGCAAUUAUGUGUGGAAUUUAAUGGAUUCAAACAAACAGCUUUAUUUAAGUUCAUUGGACCUGGUUAAAGAGACUGUAGUACAUGCUUUUCCUAUUCUGUUUAUUGUAAAAAAUGUGCGAGUGUUUUUAAAUAAAUAUAUAGCAGUAA